UGGACGUGAGUUUGCAGUAAGAAGACAGCAUCGUCUGUGGAUCACAGAGUCUUUUGAGUUUUUCGGUUUAAAGGAGCAAACCGACUGAAACUCUGAUCAUGGGUGACGGGAUUAUAAUCUCAGAUUGAGUUGAAGUGUGGACAUGGCUGCUGGUUGCUCUCUGUGUGCGUGCAGAGGACCGGGGGCUCGAUCUCUGCAGAAAAUAAGUCGCGUGCAUGCGUGAAGCAAAAAUCUCUCUGGACAUUUGAGCAGAAUAUAGAGUUCUUGUGAUUUGUUGGAUUUAUCACGGGGAUGCGCUGGAGGAUCCUGCGGGGAUAGGUGACCCUCGAACCCGGGCAGCGGUCCUCACCCUCCGGGCUGGAGAAGGGAGUCUCCCCGCACGGGCUCAAGCGAGAUGCGAGGACGAGUAGUGGACCGACCCCCUCAUCAUCAUUAUCAUCGUCAUCAUCAUCGUCACCGGGAUGAGGAGACCUGUGCCGGGGCUGUAGGUCACUGACGUGUCCAUGUCCUCGGGAGGUGAGACCGAGGCGCACGAACACUGUGACCCGCACCUGAGCGCACCGACAUGGAUAAACUCACCGUGAUCUCCGGGUGCCUCUUCCUCGCUGCGGACAUCUUCGCCAUCGCCAGCCUCGUCAACCCGGACUGGAUCAACACCGGAGAAUCAGCUGGCUCCCUGACCGUGGGUCUGGUCCGCCAAUGCCAGACCAUCCAUGGUCGAGAGCGGACCUGCAUCCCCCCGCAGCUGCCCCCGGAGUGGAUCACCACGCUCUUCCUCAUCUUACUCGGCAUCGUCUCCCUCACCGUCACCUGCGGCCUGCUGGUGAUGUCACACUGGCGCCGCGAGGCCACCCGAUACGCACGAUGGAUCGCCUUCACGGGGAUGGUCCUGUUCUGUAUGGCCGCUCUCAUAUUCCCCAUCGGCUUCUACAUGAACGAGGUUGGAGGUCAGCCGUACAAGCUGCCCAACAACACGGUGGUGGGCUCCUCCUACGUGCUCUUCGUUAUGUCCAUAUUCUUCACCAUCGUGGGCCUGCUGUUUGCAGGGAAGGUGUGCUUACCUGGCUGACACAAGCCGACCCUCUUCCUCAGCUGGAAGUAUCGUGCAGGCCCGUUUUUUGGAGGAUUUGUCCCUGUGCUCGUUACUUGAGCCAAAAUUGGUGCAAUCAGAGAAUGAGGAAGAGCAGAAGUGGCCGUCGUCUUCACCCGUCCGGAACCGUGAAGAAAGAAACUUGAUUAAAAUGGAUCAGAACAUCAGGACUUUACUGGGUAAUAUCCAGCAUCAGAUGAAUGAACGGCAGCUGACCAAGCUGCUUCUUUCGUCUCAUCCCAACAACCAAUACGUACAUUUUGAGAUGAGACGGAUAAAUCAAACUGACACUGGCCACUGGGCCAAACAUCAGCCACUCCCCUCCAAUAUCAUAAUGGAGGAUCUUCCCUGAUCACAGCCACGUGGAACAAUCUAAAAUAUGUAUAUAUGAGAAAAUUACAUUUUCUAGGUACAUUUAUUUAUUUGAUGAACUGUUUGGUUCCAUCUUUUUGUAAAGUAGUCUUUUAUAAUGAGGCCUGAUGUUUCUUUGAAUGUGUGUGGUGGACCACCUUGCCUUAAAGAGCUGACAACCUCAAAGUAACUGCAGUGCUGUUGAGUUGUAGUUGGAGGUUUUAGUAUCAUGGGACCUUCUAUUGACAAACUAAAAGCAAACGUACCAGAACUAUUGACACUUCACAAACAUAAAUGACCGACGCAAUCUUUGAGAAAGAUGUAUUUCACAUGUAAUUUGACUUUUUAGUUUGGUCCAUGUCCCAUCCACUAACAUCGAGGAGGUCUUAUACUGCAGCCCGCCAGCAGGUGGCAAUCGAGAUGCUUCACUUAUUAUUAGCCGUCACGUCGGCCAUCUGUAUUUACAGUCUACGGUCCGACUCCUCUUGAGCUAAACUAAAGCUUAGAAUCAGAGCUGAGCAGCAGACGGACGUCUCCAGUCAGGUUUCUGCUCCAGCUUAUCUUUAGUGAUGUAGUUAUUGUAUUAUUCAUUUUAUUGGAGCGUUUCCUGUUGUUUAAACACUGUUAUAAAGUUGGAACCGUGGUGCCUACUUCAUGUCCUAAUAAAUGAACUGGCUGCCA